AUGAUCUCUGAAUGUAUAGUCAAGAAUAUGACCCUCAUCACAGAUGGGCUUGAAUUUAAACCUGCACUUGUGGCCAAGUCUUCCAUCUUACUAGAUGUGAAACCUUGGGACGAUGAGACAGAUAUGGCCAAGUUGGAGGAGUGCGUCCGAAGCAUUCAAGCUGAUGGCUUGGUUUGGGGCUCUUCGAAACUGGUACCAGUGGGAUAUGGAAUCAAAAAACUUCAAAUACAGUGUGUGGUUGAAGAUGAUAAAGUAGGGACAGACAUGCUGGAGGAGCAGAUCACGGCUUUUGAGGACUACGUACAGUCCAUGGAUGUGGCUGCUUUCAACAAGAUCUAAAUUUUAGGGCCAUGGCUCUUCAAUAAAUGCUUGAAAGACAAAAA